UAAAAGAGAAGCUACUCCGAACCGUUGCUGUGGCGUAUGACUUACUCUUAAAAUCUGGUAUCAUCCUGGUUUGUGCUGCUGUUUUUACUUAGUUGUUUUUUUUUAGAUUAUCUGGUAAUGUAAUCUCUUAUUUAUACUUUUUAGAAUUUAUCAGUGGAGGACAGGGAUAAGCAUAAAAAAGUGCGUGGCGUCCCGAGUCCGGAAUCGCCGCUGCUCUUUUUGUAGUUAGCAUUAGCAGCACUGUGGCCCAGGCCAGCUACUUCCUGGAGACGAGGCUCUUUUAAGGCUUCGCUUUUCGCUUGUUUUUGAUAUAAUUGAGGGAUAAUGGCUUGUGGGGCUACUUUGAAACGUACUCUGGAUUUUGACCCGUUAAUGAGCCAGGCUUCCCCGAAAAGGAGGAGAUGUGCGCCGGUCAUGUCGCCGGUAUCUUCCCCACAGAAAUAUCUGCGUCUGGAACCGUCGCCUUUCGGAGAGGUCUCGUCUAGACUGACCACAGAACAAAUUCUACACAACAUAAAACAGGAGUACAAACGCCUUCAGAAACGUCGACACUUGGACAGCGCCUUCCAGCAGACAGACAGCUGCUGUCCUCUGGAUCUGCAGACCAGCCAGGCUGGCUCUCCUUUACCAGGUACCUCUUCAGAUGCCUCAUCUCCCACCAGGAGGGAGCAGCCACUAUUUUCCCUCAGACAGGUUGGGAUGAUCUGCGAGAGACUACUGAAGGAGAAGGAGGACAAAAUCCGAGAGGAAUACGACGAGAUUCUGACGACAAAACUUGCUGAGCAAUACGAUGCGUUCGUCAAGUUCACACAUGACCAGCUGAUGCGAAGGUUUGGAGAGCAGCCUGCGAGUUAUGUCUCCUGAGUCCUGCUUUCUAAUCUCGGGAUAUUCCUUUAGGGACUUGGUGGAUCUCAUUGGACUUUUGCUGUGCCAUAUUGCCUCUCUGUGGACUCACUGCCUCAGGCAUCAGUCACUGGCAACAACAUUUGCUGUUGCUCAGAGGGUCCAGGAGAGUUUCGUGCUGCCAACAUGUCUCAGAGACUACCAGUGACCUCUUGACUGCUGUGUUGCAUCUGGCUUUCCUCUAAUGCCUUCAUAAAAGGCUGUCAUCACACACUCUGCCUUUUUUUAUUUAACUUUUUUAUUUCUUUCGUGUUAUUUCACCAAGGUUGUGAAAUAACAUCCUUGGUGUUAUUUCACCAAGGAUGAAAUAACACCAUCUUUGGUGUUAGUUCAUCCUGUAUACAGCUUUUCUGUAUACAUUUUUUAAAGGGAUUGGAGACCGAAUAGUGGCAGGAAGGCAGCUCUCUGACUGGGCUUGAGUUUCAACAGUUGUCUUGGCUUUCUUCAACAUUGUAUAAAGUGUUCUGGUUAUUACUGCUUUUAGAUUUGUACAUUUGUAUACACUGUAUUUCAUUUGUUUCUUUAACAUUUUUUGGCUUGACUUUGUUUACUGUAUUCCAAUGUUAAGAAUUUUGUUUGUUGUAGGUUUAAAGGGGCUUUGAUUCAAAUGUAAUGAAUAAAAACUUGGCACAAAGAUGUU